AUAUAAUAAACUAAAGUGGUUAAUGAAUAAAAUAAAACAACAAAAAAUAUCUCGAUAAUUAUUAUUAAUUUACAAAAAUGUCAUAAAAAUGACCACGGUACACCCAUGUGUUGUUAUGGUUUUCCCUGCUGUCAAAGAUUGUUAGCGGAAUAGCGUUAUUUAUUUGUUUAUGUUUCACGGCCCUCCAAUUUUUAGCCAAAAAAUACCAACGUUGUUACUAUUUUAUCGUUGAAUUUCUGUUAAUAGUGCUGCGAUAACACAAUGUCACACCGUGUCGUUCGAACGAAGAACCGCUGGACGACCGCACAGCUCGAACUCUUGGUCACAGUGUGGGAGAAAUAUUACCAACAUCUUAAGGCAGGUCGAGGCAAUGAAGAAAUUUACGAAAUGAUGGUAGAUGAACUUAAAAGUGCGGGUUGUCUCGAGGCAACCGUAAAACAGGUGCGAGGUCGCAUACAUAACCUCAGCGGAAAGUAUAGAAAGGAGGCAAGCGAAGUCAUGAAAACUGGCAAACCAUCGCAGUGGAGCUUGUACAACAAAAUUUCGAACUUCUUCGAAUAUACCGCACCGGUUCGCUUUAAGAAUUUGGGUGGCCAGGUGUACGAUAUGUCCGACUAUAUUCAAAUGGAUCUCAUCAUGACGGAAGCUAUUGAAAAGCAUGCAUCUAGCAGAAAAAGAGCAGGCCAAUACGAAGAUCCAAGAGAGUUUGAGCUGGAAGAAAAUUCGAUGGAUAUCGAGGACGAUGAGCUAGAACCGGACGAAGAUUCUCUCGAUGUUGACCGUCCUGAUCAAGAAGAGUAUUCCGAUGCUGUACAGUACGACGAUGAAAACGCUGUCGACGAGUUUCCUGCCAUAGAAGAUCGGGAAUCGGAUCGGUCAGGCGCAGAGAAAGCAAACGUUCCGGAACAAUCCGAGCCGGAAAGAUCUGAGCCAAAAGAUUCCGUCACGAGUGAUACCGAUUCGGAUGCAGAUUCGUUAAUGGACGAUGAUGAUGAUUGCUUCUUUGAGGAACCAUCGAAAAAGAAAUCCAGAAAUCAAGUGUUUCAUAUAAAAUCUUCUUUCCGGCAAGCAGCUAUCGAGGAUUUUUUGAGCCUACUGUACAGCAACCAAAUGUAUGCCGAUGUUAUGUUAAUAACGUGCCACGAAGGUGUCACGUGUGUUAUGCCAGCCCAUCGAACAGUUUUGGCAAAUUUCAGUGAGUUCUUUUCCAGCGUACUGGGAGCGCUGAAGCCAAACACAAACGGGAAUCCGCUUACCGUAUGCCUUCAGCCAGACAUUUCGCAACCCGUAAUGCAGCUUCUGCUGCAGUUCAUGUACACGGGGAAGGCAACAGUGGCGGAGGAAUUGAUGGGUGAUUUUUUGCGCUGCGGACAUAUUUUAAGAAUACGCGGUUUGUGGAGCGAAGAAAAAGCUGAAUCUGUUGACGAGCGUGUACAGCAACCUUCCGAGGCCAGCGUGGGAAAGGCUACAAAUAAUGACGACUUUUGUGCCUCAUCCAUCUUCGACGAGGAUCGUUCUUCAGCAUCCUCAACGGUAACGGUGAUUGCUCCAUCUUCAAGGGAUUCAAGCAAUGACACGGAACAGAGAAGCGAACGGUCCAGAAAGCGGCGCAAAAAAUUGACAAAGAAAGCGAAAAAAAUUCGAUCAAUUGAGUCUGAUCAAGAAAUGGAGAAAUUGGAAGUAUCGUCUGAAAUUGGGUUUGAUUUGCUGCGAUCGGAUACGGAAGGUGAAGAUAAGAAGAAGGAUGAAAAUGAUAAACAAACGGACAGUAACGUUCCUAUCAAGGACACUGCGGAUAAUGUAGGCGAUGGUUUCGAUGCGAACGAUCAUGAGGACGUUGAAGAUGACUAUGAUGAUGAUGAUGAUUAUAUCGAGGGAGAAUCGAUUGCGGAUGGUGAGGAAGAUGAGGACGAAGAUUUCGGGACCGAAUAUAUCGACACGGACACGGAAACGGACACAGACGCAGACUACGAAAUAUGUAGCAUUGUAAAUGGAGAUUCCGUGAGCAAUUUAUCCACGCCAGCGGCGCUAACACCAGAACCAGUACCAGAAUCAGCACCUGAUCCUGAAGCGAUCGCCGAAAAGAAAAACAUAAAACCCAACGAUCAGAUAAAACAAAAUGGAAAUGUAAACGGAUGCAGUCCUCACGAUGAGGAAUCACAAGAAAGCUCCCCAUCGCAUGAUGAGGUACGAUCGGAACACGAAACAGCAGUUGCAGUAAAACCAAUCCCCAAGGUACAAGCAGCCACAAAACCCCCUGACAUACGACGUACACUUCGAACGGUACCGUCCACCACCGUACGCAUCCAGCAAUCCUCGCACAAGCAAACGAAUUCUCAGACCGAUCAGUCAAGUAAACCGGAACGGUACUCUAACCAGCAAACCUAUGCAAUACAAUCGACAAGUAGAGGUCAAUUCUUGGCGAAGGUGCGAUCGUUGUACAGCUGUAAAAUAUGUGGCACUAGGUUCAACACGUCCGACGGUUGGGUGGAACACGUAGUUUACACACACUCCAAAGGCGAGCAGCUAACGGACAACAAUUCGGAAGGACACCUAACGAUGUUACAGUGCGAUCUGUGCAACAAAUUUCUUGCCUCGGAAUACGAUUGGGUGCAUCACAUACUGAAGAAACACACCGAACGGUAUCCACACUUUUACGAGGACCUAUCGAUGUCGGACGAAUAAGUAUCAGAGCAGGUCGUCUUCCGAUGGAAUGCUGACGUUUGCAGAUGUGGCAUAGUUAACUUUACGAAACUUUUUGUUCUUUACCGGGAUUUACAUAAUUUUUAUGUAACUCUGUAUUUUUAAACAUAGGACACUCGUGCUAGGGUACCGUUGCGCGGAAGGUUGAGUAAAAGUGAAUUAUUUAUUUUAAAAAGAAAAAGAACAACGUAUGGGCGUCUUCGGGCUGAGAUAUUUUCCCGCAGCGUACUCAUUAAGUCAUGCAUUCAUAGCGAUUGUGAUUCAGAGAUAUCAGCUUGUUGAAAAACCCAUGUUGUUGGGAGUUCUAAAAGGAAGAAGGUCGUAUGAAUUCGUCAAAUAUCAUCAUGCAAUACAUUCAGUUUGGCUCAAAGAUCGGUGAAACGGUACUUUAGCACGGGUGAGAUUUAUUUUAUUUCAAACAUUGAUAUAAUAAAUACAUUUAUUUACGAUGUUAUUUUAAGGUAGCGCCAUAUAAGCAUAUGGUACAGAAUCUAAGCAUCGCGCAGAAAGCCGUAACACAAGAAAAAAAAAACGAAAAAAAAUAUAAAUUACAAAACUGUACAAAUUUUUUAAUAGUGUGUAAGAAAUAAAAGCUCGAACCUGUUUCUACUGGA